CCCGUCCUGGGAAAUAGCCCUUCCUGUCCUUGUAUCCCGGGGUCAGUGCCGCACGGAGCGGGAACUGCGGCCGCAGAUGAAGGCCACUGGGCUCCAAAUCCCUCCCUGGGGGUCAGGAGUUGGGUCCGGGGCGCGGAUCCGGCGCGGCCGAGAGGCGGCGCUCGUCCCAGGUCCCGUCAAGGCCAGCGGACCUCCGGAGGGGGCGCCCGAUCCCGCGACUCCGGCGCCGCUUCCCGGGAAGUUUUAAGUUUGAAAGCCCUUGGCGAAGGGGCCGGGGCUUCCGGAACCGGAGUGGUCGAGAGGAGGGGCCGAGCGGCCGCAGCGACGCCAUGGAGGAGGGGGCGCCGCCGCAGCCCGGGGCGGGCCCACGGCCUCCAGAGGACGAGAAAGAGCUGAUCCGCCGGGCCAUCCAGAAGGAGCUGAAAAUCAAGGAGGGUAUGGAGAACCUGAGGCGGGUGGCCACAGACCGCCGCCACCUGGGCCACGUGCAGCAGCUGCUGCGCUCCUCCAACCGCCGCCUGGAGCAACUGCACGGGGAACUGCGGGAGCUGCAUGCCCGCAUCCUGCUGCCCGGCCCUGCUGAACCCGCGGCCUCAGGAUCUCGGCCGCUGGCAGAGCAGCCAAGGGCCCGGUACCUGGAGGCUCUACAGAGGCAGCUGCAGGUAGAACUGAAGGUCAAGCAGGGAGCCGAGAACAUGACCCACACGUGUGCCAGUGGCACUCCCAAGGAGAGGAAGCUUCUGGCAGCCGCCCAGCAGAUGCUACAGGACAGCCAGCUGAAGGUGGCCCUGCUGCGAAUGAAGAUCAGCAGCCUGGAGGCCAGCGGGUCCCCUGAGGCGGGUCCCGAGCUGCUAGUGGAGGAGCUGCAGCACCGACUACGUGUGGAGGCUGCUGUGGCCGAGGGCGCCAAGAACGUGGUGAAGCUGCUUGGGAGCCGGCGAACGCAGGACCGCAAGGGGCUGGCUGAGGCUCAGGCCCAGCUCCAGGAAUCCUCCCAGAAACUGGACCUCCUACGGCUGGCCUUGGAGCAGCUGCUGGGGGGACUGCCUCCUGCCCACCCUCUGCGCGGCAGAGUGGCCCGGGAGCUGAGGACUGCCAUGUCUGGGAACCCCCAGCCGUCGGGGACACUUGUGAAGCCCACCGCCGUGACAGGGACACUGCAGGUCCACCUCCUAGGCUGUGAGCAGUUGUUGACAGCCGUGCCUGGACGCUCCCCAGCCGCUGCGCUGGCCGGGAGCCCCUCCCAGGGCUGGCUUCGGAGCAGGGCCAAGCAGCAGCGUGGUGGAGGCGAGCUGGCCAGUGAGGUGCUGGCUGUCCUGAAGGUGGACAAUCGUGUCGUGGGCCAGACGGGCUGGGGACCUGUGGCCAAGGAGUCCUGGGACCAGACCUUUGUCAUCCCCCUGGAGCGGGCCCGAGAGCUGGAGAUCGGGGUGCAUUGGCGGGACUGGCGGCAGCUGUGCGGCGUGGCCUUCCUGAGGCUGGAGGACUUCCUGGACAAUGCCUGUCACCAGCUCUCCCUCAACCUGGUGCCUCAGGGGCUUCUCUUUGCCCAGGUGACCUUCUGUGACCCUGUCAUUGAGAGGAGGCCCCGGCUGCAGAGGCAGAAACGUAUUUUCUCCAAACGCAGAGGUCAGGACUUCCUGAGGGCGUCCCAGAUGAACCUCAGCAUGGCGGCCUGGGGGCGCCUGGUCAUGAACCUGCUGCCCCCCUGCAGCUCCCCAAGCACAAUCAGUCCCCCGAAAGGGUGUUCCCAGACCCCAACCACACCCCGGGGGGCUGCUGACCCUGCCUCGCCCAGCUCUCCCGUCUGCCAGUGCCCGGUCCUGUGUCUGCUUCCUCCCUACAGCAAUUUCCCACCCAAGAAGUCCCCCUUGCGAGAAGAGAUCCAACCCCCACCCAAGCCCCCUCGCCUCUACCUGCCCCAGGAGCCGACCCCUGAGGAGAUGCCGCGCACCAAGCGGCCCCACAUGGAGCCCAGGACUCGACCCGGGCCGUCUCUGCCAGCCUCGGCCCCCAGGAAACCCCCCCGGCUUCAGGACUUCCGCUGCUUGGCUGUGCUGGGCCGGGGCCACUUCGGGAAGGUCCUCCUGGUCCAAUUCAAGGGGACAGGGCAGUAUUAUGCCAUCAAAGCAUUGAAGAAGCAGGAGGUGCUGAGCCGAGAGGAGAUAGAGAGCCUGUACUGUGAGAAGCGGAUCCUGGAGGCUGUGGGGCGCACAGGGCACCCCUUCCUGCUCUCCCUCCUUGCCUGCUUCCAGACCUCCAGCCACGCCUGCUUCGUGACCGAGUUCGCGCCUGGGGGCGACCUCAUGAUGCAGAUCCAUGAGGAUGUCUUCCCUGAGCCCCAGGCCCGGUUCUACCUGGCCUGUGUAGUCCUGGGACUGCAGUUCUUACACGAGCAGAAGAUCAUUUACAGAGACCUGAAGUUGGAUAACCUUCUGCUGGAUGCCCAGGGUUUCCUGAAGAUUGCCGACUUUGGGCUGUGUAAGGAAGGGAUCGGCUUUGGGGACCGGACGAGCACCUUCUGCGGCACCCCAGAGUUCCUGGCCCCCGAAGUGCUGACCCAGGAGGCCUACACGCGGGCUGUGGACUGGUGGGGGCUGGGUGUGCUGCUCUAUGAGAUGCUGGUGGGCGAGUGCCCGUUCCCAGGGGACACAGAGGAGGAGGUGUUUGACUGCAUCGUCAAUACCGAUGCCCCCUACCCCCGCUUUCUGUCGGUGCAGGGGCUUGAGCUCAUUCAGAAGCUCCUCCAGAAGUGCCCGGAGAAGCGCCUGGGGGCAGGCGAGCGAGACGCUGAGGAGAUCAAGACACAGCCUUUCUUCAGGACCACCGACUGGCAGGCCCUGCUUGCCCGUGCCGUCCAGCCCCCCUUCGUGCCCACGCUCUGCAGCCCCACAGACCUGCGCUACUUCGAGGGCGAGUUCACAGGGCUGCCGCCUGCGCUGACCCCGCCUGACCCCCGCAGCCCCCUCACCGCCCGCCAACAGGCCGCCUUCCAGGACUUUGACUUCGUGUCCGAGAGAUUCCUGGAGCCCUGAAGACCUCCCAGCAUCACCACUCGCUGCCCCCAGGCUGUUAGAAUUCCUGCUGGCCCACCAGUCCGCCCGUCUGGGCGCCCUGCCCUGUAGGCCCAGCCUGGCCUGGUGUUGAUGUGCCCUUGGGACUCGAGGUGGCAGGCACAGGGCUGCCAUCAUGGGCUGCGCUCAGUCACUGGGCAAAGUGCUGCCCUCCGCCCCCCUCCCGCCCACCUCUCCUGUGUCCCCCUGGACCAGAAAGGUGGCACAGUGAGGAGUG